UGUAAGUAUCAAUGGUAAAACGAUCUCGCGGAGAUCAGACCCGUUGAGUCAGCCGAUGGAAAACGAGAGCAUUUGGGAUGGUGGUUUCUCCAAAAUUCCCGCUGUUGCUACCGGGAAGCCAUAUCCCUGGGAUCCACCUCAAACGCAGCGCUAACACGCCGAGUAAAGACCGGGAGCCCAACCCCACAGCGAAAGCGUUCCAUGACCGACCAAGUCUCGCGUUAUCGAUAUAAUAACCGGCCUUGGCUGUGGUGGGAGCACCGUGUGCUUAGAAGUACUUAUCCGGGAGACGGGAAUAUCCGACAGCAGCAUAUAAUUAAGCACCGCUCUCAUCGAACGACUUACACCCGGAACAACUGUUCCAUACAGACACGAUGGCAUCUCUCCUCAAGGGGACGGCCUUCAUCACAGGCGCAGCCUCAGGCAUCGGGCAGUACACGGCGCUCUCCCUCGCGCGGCACGGGAUCCAGCGGCUCGCCCUGGCGGACAUCAACGCCGCCGCGCUGCGGGCGGCCAACGCCUCGCUGGCGGCCGAGUUCCCGUCGGUGGAGAUCCUGGCGCUGCAGAUGGACGUGCGGAGCGCGGUCGAGGUGCGCGACGGCGUCGCCGAGACGGUGCGCCGCUUCGGCCGCAUCGACGUCGCCGUCAACAACGCCGGCGUCGGCGGCAGCGGCCGCAUGACGCACGAGAUCGACGAGGACGAGUUCGCCCGCGUCGUCGACGUCGACCUGCACGGCGUGUGGAGGUGCCAGCGGGAGCAGCUGAAGGUUAUGGUGGAGCAGGAAGACCUCGGGAUGAGGGAGGGCCGUGGCAGGAUCAUCAACGUGGCGUCCAUGUACGGUCUCGUGGCCCCUUGCCACACUAUGUCGCACACCGCGUAUGCUGCGGCCAAACACGGCGUUGUUGGCCUAACAAAGGGCGACGCCAACACCUACGGACGGUACAACAUCCGAAUCAACGCUAUUUGCCCGGGCUACGUCGAGACUCCCUUGAUCAAGGCCAGUAUGAGCCAUGAUCCAGGCUCCCCGUUAGCAUUGGAUAUUGAGCGUACCCCGUUGAAACGGAUGGCAACAAUGGAAGAAGUUGGGGAUGCCAUCACCUUCCUCGCAUCGCCCAUGAGCAGUUUCAUGACCGGAUCUACCCUGGUUGCCGAUGGCGGAUUUACCAGCAACUGAGUGGCCAGGGGUAGGCCCCUUCCCCAGAGUCGACUGGGGAAUGUGCGGGGGCGAAAUUGUCAACAGGGUUGAGAGCGCUGGUUCGACAGAUUGGGAUACCACAGACUGGUAAGCUCUCACUUUGUUGAUGUUUAGGUCAAGAGGGAGAGGCACGGAGUGGGAACAGAACAGUGCUUUGGUCACCGAAAGGGGAAACCCGCGGGAAAGGCAUUAAGGAUCAUUCCUAGGACUGCAUAACCUACUACUACGUUACGAACGGCCGCUAAAGGGACUGAAUAAAGACAAGAGAGUUUUCCCAGAUCCAAAACCACAUCAGAUGUCAUACAGCCUUCCGACACAAAAGCAGCGAGGCGAGGCUAGAUUCUUCGGAUACCCCGACUCCUGUCGCCCGUUGCAAGUACAAGAAAGACAACAGGCUACCCAGCAACAUCGAGAGAGAGAGAG